GAUUUUCUUUCCUUCGGCCGACUCACAAGAUGAGUAAAAAAUGCAGCCUUUGCACACGUUACUGGGCCGUCUGAGGAGGCCGAUAUAAAAGGGAUUUUUCCCGCCAUUCGGGGCAGUUCAUCAGAGGUUUGACGAGACCUGAAUUCGCCAUACUAAUUAUAGAAGUUUAUCGGAAGCAGUACUGACCAUAUAACUGAUAGCAAUUCACCAUUCGAAUGAGCUCCGUUUCUACUGGAGAGAAUUAACCAUAUGUAGUGCUAUACAUCCAUAGAAGACCCUCCUCUCACAUAUGAAUAUAUUGGAAAGAGGAAAGAAUUAUUUAAGCUGAAAUUAGAUCAAGAUGAUUUGUAAAUAUAUAUUUUGUUUUGCUGCAUUUAUUGCUAUUCUCUUGCAUCCAGCAAAUAAUUGUGAAGAGAACGAAUUGCAUCAUGGUUGUAGAAUACGUGACGGAGAAUGUUUCUGCGGUUUAGGAUGUGACAAGAAAUAUCGUUAUGAGACUCCAGAAGAAUGCCAUCUUGCUCUUCGAGGCCAGUUACCUGAUCCAUGUGUCAAGAACCCCUGUAAAAAUAAAGGAAUUUGUGCUCAAAUUAACGAACGUCCAAUGUACCAGUGCUCGUGUGCAGGAACGGGCUAUUAUGGCUUACACUGCGAAACUCCAUGCCCCAAUUUCCACUCUAGUCCAGAGCUUCAGACAUAUUAUCCUGCUUCAUGCAUUGUGAUAUAAGAGAACAGGUGGAAUGAUCGAAUGAUCGACAUUUAAGCUGCUUCUCAUAGUGAUAAUUAAGUAUUAAGAAUUUAAUUAAUGUACAAUUAAUUUUUGGAUUAAUAUCGUCUAAACAAUUUAAAUCAUCCUUCAAUUAAAAAUUAAACAUGCAAUUUUUAAAUAUAUUAUAAUUUUAUAUAAUAUAUGUAAUUCCUGAUCAUAUAAAUUUAGAGUGGACCAAGAUAUAUACUGGUGUGCAAAGCUUAAUUAAGCAAUGAUUGUAUUUUUGCCAUAACUCUGCAAGAAAUCACUGGGAGACAUGAAAUUCAGAAUACAGAGACAGUGUUUUGUACUUAAAAGAUAAAGAAAGCAUACUAGUGCAAAAAUGAAUAGAAUGCAUACAGUAUGGAAUCAAAGCCAUGUUAUAAUCUUGCACUGCGCACGCUGAUUGCAUGCCCUCACAUCAUCUGUGAUGUCUUUUUCCUUUAUCAAAUCACCUUUCUACUGAAUUGGGUGUCAUUGUACUGAUUGUAGCAAGCUCUUUUCUACAAUUUCAUGGCUGUCUGCUUGAAAAUUACAUUGUUGCUUAACUUUUGCACGCCAGUGUAGUUUAAGAAUGGUUAAAACUGAUUUGGAAUUGUUACAUUUGUGUUCUGGUAACUUCUUACAAAGCCAACAAAUUAUAAAUAUCUUUUGACUUGUUUAUGAUGCCUUGCAAAGAGCGGUUUGAUGUCAAACAGACGUCAUUUUGUCUCAUGCAACUAACUGAAGAUGUUACGAGCAACUUAAACAUUUUCUGUUAAAUCAGAUUUAUAUAUUUGUAACUGAAAGUCAUCAAUCACAAAUGUGGCUAUUCCAAACCAGUCUUAACCGUGUAUAUAUAUAUAUAUUAACUGACUUUAGACUUAACUGACUGUAUUAAAAUCCAUUACAUUGCAAUCAACCAAAUUUUAAUGAAAAGCAAUAACUUUAUGAUUUUAUACCUUUGAAUACAUAUACAUCUUAUAUUUCAAUUUUAGUUUAUAUUUUUUUAUUUGUAUAUUUAAUAUUGAGACGAUUUUUUCAUAAUUUGCUUUAUAACUUAUAUAUUUAUGAGCCCCAAUACUUAGAGAUUGUCCAUAAAUUACAUAGUGCUAUUUUUAUAUUUUCAACCAUCUCAUCCUUUGUAAUGCUGUCGCACAACCCACCUCCAAAAUAAUGUAGCACGUGUCACGGGGUACUGAACGUUACAUUAUUUUAUAUGUUAAUUACAUAUAUAAUGUACAAAACAGUGGCAUAAAGAGUACAGUUCACUACGCAACACUUUGGAUACAAAAAUGAAUCAUUGUGUAAUCCGAGUUGAGACCCUGGCAUUAGAUAACGCUUUCGUAAACAUCCCUACCCUCUUGUUACAUGUAAUGAUUAUCUGCAUACCCACCCAACUGUGCCUGCAUUAUGUAAUUUAUGGACAACCUCUUAACAAUACAAAAUGUCCUUUACACAUUAUCUAACUCCUCGAUUAAGUCUGAGACCAAAACGUUAAAUUUAAUUUUGUUCAAAUUUAAAUUGGUUUAAAACAGGAAAUAAAAUGUAUUAAAAAAAUAUUAAAAUUGUCUUUGUGACAAUGUUUUUAAAUUUCUAAAACUUUUUAAAAGUAUUCAUUAGUAAGAAGCAAUUGCAUGCAAUCAUUCCCUAAAACUGAAUUUAAGUUCUUUAUAGCAUGUUGUAAUUAUAGUGUUUAUCAAUGUUGUACAGCAGAACAUAAUGUCAGUUUAUAUUCUAGCACAGAUUUAGCACCAUCUAGUGACAAUGUUUUGAAGUAUCUUAUAAAAAUUCCAAUAUGGCAUCGUGCAAUGUAGUUUCAGACCAGGAUUGGUUUGAUGGAAAUGCAAAUGUACAUCGUCUCGUCACGAGAGUCGAAUUUCUCCCGAAUUGUUUAAGAUGCCUCGCAAAUUGUUGUCAUAGCAACAUUAUUGCAUGCAACUGUUGGAAAUUGCUAGUGAGAGAUAGAGGAAGAAUUCUUAUAUUGGUUUGAAUAUAUUAAAAUCUCAUAAAUGUCUAACACUUUUGCAGUUCUUAAUCUUUGAGCUAAUAGCAAAAUGUUCUUGUCAUUUGAGAAGCAUUUGAAAAAUUUUUUUAAUUGAAUUAUGCAAUAUGUGCCAUGUUUGUUAUAAACAUUAAAUGUGAGUAAAGGUUAAUUUUUAAUCUCAUUAGUUUUUCCUCGAUACGUGCAAUAGCGGAUAUUAUUAAGAAUUACAGGUUUCGAAUACGUUAACAAUAGCCUCGUGGUAUUUCAGUUAUAGAAUAUAAAAUUCUGUACUUAUCAAGUGAAAUUCUUAAAUUUUUUAUGAUGUGUGUUUAUAUUUUAAAGAUCUAUCUACUAUUUUUUAUUAUUUGUAAGCACUUUAAAAUGAUAUGUAAAGUGUUUUUCAGUGCCAAAAAAACAAAGCAUUUAUUUUUAAUAUAUGUUAUGUAAUUUGAUAUAUUGUAUUAAAUAAAAAUUUUAUUGCUAUAGUUUAAUGCUAUUUUUCUUGAAAAACACUUUAUAAAGCUGAGAGAAAUGCUUGUGAAAUAAUCAUAUUUCAAAUUGGUUUUCCUGGAAUGACAGCUAGCACUUUAUGGCUGUGCACUCAUCGUUGACAACCGGCAACAGGACUAGAGAGAAAUGCCAGAUUAUUAUUAACAGUAGAGUCUUCUGAAAGGAAAAUUACAAUAAUUUAAAAUGGUAGCAAUGUUAACUAUUGAAGAACAUUGUAAUGUACAUUAAAACAUUGGAAAAAUGGGCAAAUUUUGCAUUUGUCCAUUACAAUUUCUUAAUGUGUGUACCUUGCAUCACUACUCAUAGUGUAGGAUAUGCUGUAGUGAGCUUAGGAUAUUCAUUCUUCUUCACUCACUAUGACAUACGUCACUCUCCUUUCACGGCAGCCACAAUUCUACAUCUCCUGCAGAUUACUUGUGCUGCACAAUGACGAGUGAUUCCUACUUUGCAAACUGCAGAACGUCUUCUCUAAAAAAGUUGCCAUUUUUGUUUACACUGCUUCCUAGAGUUAGUAGAUGAAGAGAUGUUUGAAUGCAGAUGGGAGAUGAAACUCUGACAGUUACUAUAUUGAUUGGAAUAUGUUGCAUACUUUCAGGUAAUAAUUAACAUAAUUACACUAAUUUAAAAUGGUAGCAUUCACUUUGGAUGACCCUGUACAGAAGUUUAUAUUUGAAUUCCUGUAUCCAACAUUUUCAUAUUGGAAAGGAUAGAUGUUUUUACACCACUAACUGGAUAGUUUCUUAUUGGAUUUAUGGUACGCUUGCACUUUGAAUGAUCUCUUUCUUUCUCGUCUGUCAAAUAACUUUUUGAAUUUUAAUUCCUUAUUAGAAAUUAUCUUUAAAACCAUAGAUUUAGAUCAUUAGUAAAAGAUUGUGAUGUAGAAUUCAUAAAUGGUUUACUAUAUAAACUUUAUUUAUAUAGUAAACCAUAAAUGUAAAUGUCACAAAUUAAUGUAAAUAUGAAAUCAAAUAUGUUCUGCACAACUAUUUGGAAAAUAUAAUUUGCUCAGUAAUGCCUGCAUUAUUGUUCUAAAGAACUGUUUAUUAUGUUAUAAAAGGAUGAAAUGUACAAAUGUUUGCAAAAGCCAAACAUUUAUACACUUCAUCCUUUGUAAGUGAGCAUUUGGAUUUUGUUUAAAGAAUGGAGAUCUAAGCAAAAUAAUCCAUUAAUGUUUCACACUUGCAAGUGUGCUUUUUCUGUUAUCAAGGAAGAGGAUGUUUUGUUUAAUUUUAGUAUUCAAAGUCACCCAAAGAUGGAUGUAAAAGUAUCAA